AGGACUGACGUCCAGAAGAUCCUGCCUAUAGGAUCCGAGCCGCCAGCCGAGCCUCGCUUUUCCCCUCACUUUAAAUCCAGCUGGCGGGGGCAGGCACUGAAAGCGAGAGAGGUUGGCAAUGCAGCGUGGCAGCAACUCCCGAAAGUUCGUGCUUUCUGUAACUCCCUUGUUUCGGACUCGGAGCUGCUCGGCAGACCUGAAGCUGGGAGUUUAGCAAGCCCCGUUUUUGAAAAUGCCUGCCACUUGCUGGUCUGUGAAUUUGAUAAUUGGCCUUCCAGAGCUGAGGAAUACACAUCAGCAAGACAAGUCUUGGAGGGAAAAGCAAAUUUCAGGAUUCAAACUAUGCUAAAAGAUGUUCUCCUUUCAUCUUACGGAAACAGGACUGUGGAGCAAGCUGCAGGUGCUUUUCAGUUUGGUUAUUAUCAAGAUGUCUCACAAAGUGAUAUGACUUUUAAGCUCUUCUGACUGCUUAAAGCCAGCAAGCAGCAGCAAAAUUAAAGCGAGAAAUUUAUGUGAGGACUUUCAAAGAGGAAAACUGUCUUCCGAGAAGAGCAAAGUAGGACAAUGGCAUCUGGAGAGUGCUUUCUGCUAGACCUAGAAACAGAUAACUUCAUUCUCUACAACUUCUCUGUCAACCAGAGUGCAAACUUCUCCCUCCUCGGCGACGACUGGUUCUACCCAGCAUUCCUCUAUGCCAUCCCCACAAUCUAUGGGAUAAUCAUUUUGAUAGGCCUUAUUGGCAAUAUCACUUUGAUUAAGAUCUUCUGUACUGUUAAAUCAAUGAGAAAUGUCCCUAAUUUGUUCAUCUCCAGUUUGGCUCUGGGAGACCUGCUGCUUCUAGUGACUUGUGUGCCCGUGGAUGCCAGCAGGUACCUUGCUGACGAGUGGCUGUUCGGCAGAACUGGAUGCAAACUUAUCCCCUUCAUACAGCUCACCUCUGUAGGGGUGUCAGUCUUUACUCUCACUGCUCUCUCAGCUGACAGGUAUAAAGCUAUAGUAAGGCCAAUGGAGAUCCAAGCAUCCCAUGCACUGAUGAAGAUCUGUGUGAGAGCUGCUAUAAUCUGGAUUGUAUCCAUGUUGCUUGCCAUCCCUGAAGCAGUGUUUUCAGAUCUGCACCCUUUCCAUGACAAAGGGACUAAUAAAACCUUCAUCAGCUGUGCUCCUUACCCUCAUUCAGAUGGGCUACAUCCCAAAAUUCAUUCAAUGGCAUCAUUUCUCAUAUUUUAUAUCAUUCCCCUAUCUGUAAUUUCAGUAUAUUAUUAUUUUAUUGCUAAGAAUUUGAUCCGGAGUGCUUACAACAUCCCCGUGGAAGGAAAUGUGCAUGUGAGGAAACAGAUUGAAUCCCGUAAGCGCCUGGCCAAGACUGUGCUGGUCUUCGUGUGCCUCUUUGCCUUCUGCUGGCUUCCCACUCACAUCGUCUACUUGUACCGGUCCUACCACUACUCCGAGGUGGACACCUCCGUGCUGCAUUUCAUUGCCAGCAUCUGUGCCCGGAUCCUGGCCUUCACUAACUCUUGUGUCAACCCAUUUGCUCUCUACCUGCUCAGCAAGAGCUUUCGGAAACAGUUCAACAACCAGCUGCUCUGCUGCAGAGCUCGCCUCCUAAUCCGGUCCCAGAGCAUGGCCAGGAGCACCACACGAAUGACCUCCCUCAAGAGUACCAACCAUUCCCUGGCCACCUUCAGCCUUAUCAAUGGCAACCACCUUUGCCACGAGGGCUAUGUCUAAAGGGCACAGUCAGGCACCACCAUAUCAUAUACUUAGCACGGUAGCUUGACUUUGUUCCAGGGGGGGCAGUGAGUAGCACACACACGAAGGCACACAUGGAUGCAAGGAGGUCUGAUGUGCUCAGAGAACUCAGAGGAGCUUGAAGCAUCUAACAUUUCAUCUUGGACUGAGGUUGAAGUAUCCAACAUUUCACCCUGGACUGAGGCAUCAUCAGAGCAUCAGAUCAUUGAGCACCAGCCCACGGGAGGUCCCUGGGAAGUGCUGCAAGAAGUUGCUUCAAGACCUGCUGCUUCUACUGAGAGCAAAAUGAGCACCUUAAGAUCAAAUAUUGUUUGGCUCUGCAGAAUCUUCAUCACUUUCUGCUCAAUCCCAAACUCAUGCAGAUUUACAGCAGUGACAAAGACCAUAUCAGGUGCACACAAUUUGUCAGAACACUUUCAUUCAUCAGUUCAUGGUAAAAUAUAUUUUGACAUAGAAAUAAAUCCAUUUAAAUAAGGUAAAUACUUUUACAAAGGAGUUCACUGCAGGUCAUUUACAGACUUUUCAAGUAUUUAUUAAUGUUCUGAGUACAGUAUUAAUUCAUGGUAUAAAACGUAUCAACAGUUUACUGGGGCAUGUCAGUGGCCCCAUCUGAAAGUAAUAGUAUCUUGCACCACAUCAGUGUGAAAGCAGUAACAUGAAUAAAUGUGAGUUGGAAUAUGUUUAAAGUUUU